UGGCGGCCGGGCUCGGGGCGGACGUACCACCAUGGGGUCGUCAAAGAAGCAUCGCGGGGAGAAGGAGGCUGCCGGGACGACGGCAGGAGCCGGGACCGGGGGCGCCACCGAGCAGCCGCCGCGACACCGGGAGCACAAAAAACACAAGCACCGGAGUGGCGGCGGCGGCAGCAGCGGGGGCGAACGACGGAAGCGAAGCCGGGAACGGGGGACCGAACGCGGGAGCGGGCGGCGCGAGACCGAGGCCCGCAGCAGUGCGCACGGGCGGGAGCGCAGCCAGGCCGAGCCCUCCGAGCGGCGCGUGAAGCGGGAGAAGCGCGACGAUGGCUACGAGGCCGCCGCCGGUUCCAAGGCCAGCUCAGGAGAUGCCUCGUCACUUAGCAUCGAGGAGACCAAUAAACUCCGGGCAAAGCUGGGGCUGAAACCCUUAGAGGUCAAUGCCGUCAAGAAAGAGGCGGGCACCAAGGAGGAGCCCGUGGCAGCCGACAUCAUCAACCCCAUGGCCUUGCGGCAGCGAGAGGAGCUACGAGAAAAGCUGGCGGCUGCCAAAGAAAAGCGCCUCCUGAACCAAAAGCUGGGGAAGAUAAAGACUCUCGGGGAGGACGACCCCUGGCUGGACGACACUGCGGCCUGGAUUGAGAGGAGCCGGCAGCUGCAGAAGGAGAAGGACUUGGCAGAGAAGAGGGCCAAGCUGCUGGAGGAGAUGGACCAAGAGUUUGGAGUGAGCACACUGGUGGAGGAGGAGUUCGGGCAGAGGCGGCAGAACCUGUACAGUGCCCGGGACCUGCAGGGCCUCACCGUGGAACAUGCCAUUGAUUCCUUCAGAGAAGGGGAGACUAUGAUCCUUACUCUCAAGGACCAAGGCGUGCUGCAGGAGGCAGAGGACGUGCUGGUGAACGCGAACCUGGUGGAUAAGGAGCGGGCAGAGAAGAACGUGGAGUUGCGGAAGAAAAAGCCCGACUACCUGCCCUAUGCAGAGGACGAGAGUGUGGACGACUUGGCACAGCAAAAACCCCGCUCUAUCCUGGCCAAGUACGACGAGGAGCUGGAGGGCGAGCGGCCGCACUCCUUCCGUUUGGAACAGGGCGGCGUGGCCGAUGGCCUUCGGGAACGUGAGCUUGAAGAGAUCCGGGCCAAGCUGCGGCUGCAAGCUCAGUCCCUGAGCACGGUCGGGCCCCGGCUCGCCUCCGAGUACCUCACGCCGGAGGAGAUGGUGACCUUUAAAAAGACCAAGCGGAGGGUGAAGAAGAUCCGCAAAAAGGAGAAGGAGGUGAUAGUGCGGGCCGAUGACUUACUGCCUCUUGGGGACCAGACUCAGGAUGGGGACUUUGGUUCCAGGCUGCGGGGCCGGGGUCGGCGCCGAGUGCCCGAGGGAGACGAGGAGGCCCAGGAGGAGGAGGAGAAGGAGCCUGUGCCUCAGCCCCCGCAGUCAGAUGACACUCGAGUGGAGAACAUGGACAUCAGUGACGAGGAGGAAGGUGGAGGGCCACCACCUGGGUCCCCGGAGGUGCUGGAGGAAGAUGAGGCGGAGCUGGAGCUGCAGAAGCAGCUGGAGAAGGGACGCCGGUUGCGGCAGCUGCAGCAGCUACAGCAGCUGCGAGACAGCGGUGAGAAGGUGGUGGAGAUUGUGAAGAAGCUGGAGUCCCGCCAGAGGGGCUGGGAGGAGGAGGAGGACCCGGAGCGGAAGGGGACCAUCGUGUUCAACGCCACGUCAGAGUUCUGUCGCACCCUGGGGGAGAUCCCCACCUACGGGCUGGCUGGCAACCGCGAGGAGCAGGAGGAGCUCAUGGACUUCGAACGAGACGAGGACCGCUCGGCCAAUGGCGGCUCCGAGUCUGAUGGGGAGGAGAACAUCGGCUGGAGCACAGUGAACCUGGAUGAGGAGAAGCAGCACCAGGACUUCUCUGCCUCCUCCACCACCAUCCUGGACGAGGAGCCCAUCGUGAACAGAGGGCUGGCGGCCGCGCUGCUCCUGUGUCAGAACAAAGGGCUGCUGGAGACGACAGUGCAGAAGGUGGCCCGGGUGAAGGCGCCCAACAAGUCCCUGCCGUCGGCGGUGUACUGCAUCGAGGACAAGAUGGCCAUCGAUGACAAGUACAGCCGGCGGGAGGAGUACCGCGGCUUCACCCAGGACUUCAAGGAGAAGGACGGCUACAAGCCCGACGUCAAGAUCGAGUAUGUGGAUGAGACGGGCCGGAAACUCACACCUAAGGAGGCUUUCCGGCAGCUGUCCCACCGCUUCCAUGGGAAAGGCUCAGGCAAGAUGAAGACGGAGCGGCGGAUGAAGAAGCUGGAUGAGGAGGCGCUCCUGAAGAAAAUGAGCUCCAGCGACACGCCCCUGGGCACCGUGGCUUUGCUCCAGGAGAAGCAGAAGGCGCAGAAGACGCCGUACAUCGUGCUCAGUGGCAGUGGCAAGAGCAUGAACGCGAACACCAUCACCAAGUGAGGCCGCCCUCGCUUCGACCCCCGCCCCGACUUUAAUAUUAAAUAAAGUUCCCUUCUUAUUUUUUCCUCCCUGGUCAUGGUGCAGAUUCCAGGGUUAGACCUGGGAGAGGCAGGCGGUGCUGGGAGGGACAUCAGCACCAUCCUCAGGCAGGCUCAGUGGUCUGCUGUGGGACCCCAGGCACGUUCCUGAACCUCUCUGAGCCUUAGUUCCGCCACUUGUACAGGGUGUCUUAGGAAGAU